UUGCCUCACUACGUAAGUUGUACUUUGAGGAAAACCUCGUUAUAGCGAGAUUGUGUGUUACAACGAAUUGGCGGAAGUAAACAUAACAUACCUUCUAUAUUUUAGGACUUGUUUUCGCGGGGGGAAAAUUGGUCUACUCCCAAAACCCCAUUGUACCAGAACAAUCUCCAUGACUGCUGACUUCUUUUGAAAAUCCUGUUGGAUGUUUGUGUACCGGCUACCUCAGUAACUUGGCAGAGCACUAGAUGUUGGAACACUUCUUAGAGCCUACUGUUUGGGUUUACACUUAUCAAGCUAUGGCUCGUGGACAACAGAAAAUUCAGUCUAAACAGAAAGCUGCCAAGAAGCAGGCGGAACAAAAGAAAAAACAAGGGCAUGACCAGAAGACUGCAGCAAAAGCAGCCCUAAUCUAUACCUGCAGUAUUUGUAGGACUCAAAUGCCAGAUCCCAAGACUUUUAAGCAACACUUUGAAAGUAAACAUCCAAAGGCACCACUUCCUCCAGAACUAGUAGAUGUCGAAGCUUAGCAGGUUUCAGGUGACCUUCAAAGAAGACAUGCAACUUUAAUUGUUAACUGCGCAUCCUCGGGCCUGUCGCUGCUUUUCUUAACACUGUUGAUCAGCUAUAACAAAAGAGCUUCAGGAACUUUUUUUAAUACUGUUUCAUUUAGACAUUGAGUUGGAAUCUUUGCCUACUUUUUAAUUUGUAAUUAUACUGAUUAUGUUGCUUUAAUACAACUUCAUUCAAUAGAGAAGUACUUUAAUUUUUCUAACUUUGUCUCUGUUGACACUUUCACUGAACUUUGAGAUACCUUGCCAGGAUGGGUGUUGACUAGGUGCUGUGUUGUAUUUUGAUACUCAAGGCUAGUUAGUAGCAAUUUUUUUAUAUAAAUAAAAUAUUGAUCGGGUUAAAUUGUUGAAACAUGCAGAAUGUCUUGUGUAUGUAAAUAAAAUGAAUUUUAUUUUAUUGUC